AAACUAUCAGAGAAUAGCUCCAAACCUGAUGAAGAAAAUUACCAGAGAACAGAUUCAAAAUUUCUAAGAAACCUACCAAAGAGCAGCUCUAUAUCUAGCAAAGAAAUUACUAGAAAAACUCCAAACCCAGCAAAAAAUUUUCAGAGAAUUGCUCCAAAUCUAGCAAAGAAAAAUUGCUCCAAAUCUGGCAAAAAAUUACCAGAGAAUUGCUCCAAAUCCAGCAAAUAA